AAUACUUAGUCUCAGUGUUCUAACUAUCUGGGAUCGCACUCUUAUCUGUAACCUGUAACAACAAAAAGAAAACAAGGGAAAAGGAACAUACACGUAAACCCCUGAAUUCUCUGUCCACUCGGAGGUGAUCAACUCCACGAGGUAUUCUUUCAUUGCAGGUAAUUCAGAAAAAAAGGACCAAGAAACCUUGAUUUUCGAGGAUGCAUUCGACUGGCUUCUACAUUGGUGCCAUCAUCACAUCGGCGGUGCUUCUUCAAGUGAACAGCUUAGACUCCAUUAUCGCCCUGUACGGGGAGACAGUUGAAGUACCAUGCAACAGAGGAGCUCCCAUGCCAGAGAACCUCAUGUUCGUCAAGUGGAAAUACAACAAAGCAGGUGGCAGUGGAGACCUUCUGACUAAAAGUAAUGGUCAAGAAGUAGCAAUCCUAGCGAAAGACAGCUACAAGGACCGGGUGAGCAUCUCCCCUAACUCCAGCCUGCUCAUCGCCGACGGGACCCUCGCCGACCAGAACACCUUCACCUGCAUGGUAGUUGUCCUGGGAGACGUCAAGGAGUAUCCCGUCAACGUCACUGUCCAGAAGAGACCAUUGCCACCACAGAUCAAAGACAAGGCUCUAGAACUGGAGAAUGGCAAACUGACCACGCUCGGGGAGUGUGUCGCUCAAGAUGCCCACCCACCGGCGAGCAUCACAUGGUCCAAGAACGGUGAGCCAUUGGUCCACGAUGGAAAAACGACCUUGAUCACGUCCGCGGUGACGCAGGACCCUGCCACCCGCCUGUCCACCACCUCCUCCAAGCUGGAGUACAGCGCAGUGAAGGGCGACGUGGGAGCCCAGUUCGUCUGCACGGCCAAGCACGUCCAGGGUCCCGACCAGGAGUCUCCACCAGAGACCUUCACCAUUCGCUAUCCCACUGAGAAGGUGACCCUCCAGGUGGUCACCAAGGGACCUUUCAAAGAGGGAGACAAUGUAACUCUGAAAUGCAAGGCCGAUGGGAACCCACCUCCCACCAGCUUCAACUUCCACCUGAAGGGCCAGAAAGUGCUUGUGGAAGACUCAGACUCGUACACCCUCACCGACGUCACUCGUGACAUCACAGGCGAAUACAAGUGCUCCGUGGCUGACGACGACAGUGUGGAGGAUGCCAAGAACAUUUCUGUGAACUUCCUGGAUGUCAGCCUGAGCCCCUCUGGGAGUAUCGUGAAGAACGUCGGGGACCGCUUAGAGUUGACAGUGCAGAAAAAUGCGUCGGGUGAAGUCAAGGUUUCUUGGACCAAGGACAAAAGACCGCUCGACAAACCGCCCAAGUUUGACAAGCUGACGUACAGCGACUCCGGAAGCUACGUGUGCGAGUUCUCCGUGGCGGGGAUCAAGCAGAGCAGGUCCUUCCAGCUGGUCGUGCAAGGUCCGCCGGAGAUCAAGCGGCUGAGCAAAGAGCUGGGCGAGGAUGGUCAGCACAAGGUGCUGACGUGCGAGGCAGAGGGCUCCCCCCAGCCCAGCGUGCAGUGGAGUGUUAACGGCACCGACGAACAGAGCUCCUACCAGGACUGGAAGCUCACGCACAAGAUCACUGUUGUGCCUACCGCAAACCUCACCGUCACCUGCACGGUUUCCAACGAGCUGGGGAUGGUCUUCAAGACCAUAGACGUGUUCUCUCUAUUUGAGGAGGAGAAAAAGCAGGAAGAAGGCGAAGGGGAUGACCAGGCCAAGCUUAUUGUGGGCAUUGUGGUAGGACUGCUCCUGGCUGCUGCAGUCGUGGGUGUGGUCUAUUGGAUAUACAUGAAGAAAUCCAAACAAGGUAGCUGGAAAACAGGAGAGAAGGAAUCCGGAACCUCAGAGGAAAGCAAGAAGCUGGAGGAGAACAAUCACAAAGCAGAUGUGUAGAGACGGUUCUCAAGGGAUAAGGAAGGGAAGCAGCGAUGAGUGGCCUUUUCACAUUGGACUUGCCGUUCGACACCAAACUUAAAACUCUCCGAGGGCCAUUUCUUUGGACGUGGACACCAUCCGUCAGGCUUUUAACGCACCGCACGUUUUCCGCAGCAAUUUUCAAACCCCGAGCUGAGCAGAACACCCCGUACCCUCCUCCAUCUGAAAAUAAGGUCAACGAAAGCAUUUGUGUCGCACGUGGAUUCUCACUCUGCUGGUCUCCACCGAGGAUGGCUUUUUUUUUUGUUUUCCUUUCUCUCUUUGUGUUCCUGGUGAAUGCUUUUUUGUUUCACGCACAUUGUCCGUUAAGUGGGUUUCAGCUCUUUCUUUCUUUUCAUAAAAAAAAUGAGAAAAACUUACAAAAACAGCAAAUUCACUGUACACUUUUUAGGCUUAUAUGAAUACACCCGUUCCAUGGGCGAGGGCAUGGCCUCUGCUCACAGGCAGGGAUGCUGUCCCACUGAGGACUCGCUGCCGACGUCGGAAUGGUGGACUCUCCUUCUUCUGCGGGUCGGCCGGCUCUGAGAGGUGCCCGGGGCUGCCCGGGACUGAGGACUUCACUGCUGUUUAACGCUGUGUACCUUCACAUUUCACCUCCUCACCACAUCCAAAAAUUCAACUCUUUCACUAUUUACUUUGCCCAUUUUGGAUGGCCUUUGCCCCUUUGUCCAUAGAAGGCUAAAGUUAAAAUCCAUCAAAAAAAAUUACAAGUUGAAAUGUCUGUAUAGAGCAGGCAAUGUGUUAUUUUUGCUUUGUGAAAGCAUGUAUUGGGCUAACCAUUUCUUGCUUCUUGCCUUCAGCGAAUUUUAAGUUACUGUUAUGGGAGCUCUGUGUUUGGGAAUAUGCAGCUAAUGGUUUCUGCACAACAAAAAAAAGAUAGGGCGCUUUUAAAAAACUUGAAUGUAGCGCCAUUCUUGUCCUGUCUGCCGUUCUUAAGUCAUAUCGCUGAAUCUUGAGCCAGUUAGGACUAAGUAUGUUUAGAUUGUUCAUGCCACAAAACAGAAAAGUCAGUUUAUUUUUUUUAAGCUGUGUUAUGUCUAGUUACCACUCACCUUGUUACAACGUGUCCAUUUCAGUUUGUUAGUUUUCUCCCUUUUCUGUGGCAUCUGUCAGAAUUGUGUGGCCUAGUUAAAGCAGAUAUGUUGUUCAAAACAUCACAGUUGUGUUCUCUGUAGUUUGAGGAGACUGUAAAUACAUCAGAUCUGAAUGUCCUGCUUGUUUUUUUGGCUGUAUUUAAACUGUGUGAGGAACACAAGGUUCGCAGCGCUUUAUCAUACUGCUUUGCAGGGAUGGUUAAUUUUUACCCAUUUCCAUUUCAGCCUUCACGGUUUAUCACUUCAAUAGUUAAAAAAGGUACUGGUCAGUGGAAAAAGUUACUUAGAAUCACUUAAAAAGCAGUACUGUACAAUGCGUGUGUAAACCUUGUUUCCAGCUUGAUCGUUUUUUUCAUACUUUAUUUGAAUGGCCUAUAUAUACUGUGAAAAAAAUGAACAAAUAAAUUACUACAUACAAACUUUAGGACUCAGACUAAGAUCAAAGUAAACAGGUAAUAAAAUGGUACACUACUUUGGUCAUUAAGUGACUAGCCUUUAUGUGUGUGGUGAAUAUCAGUAGUGAGAUAUUACAUUAAUGCAAAGUACAUUUUCAAAACAAUGAUUCCUUUUUUCACAAUUUCUACAAUUCAUUAACCAUUUACGAGUUGCCCACUAUCUGUAUUCUAUCCACUAGUAAAACAAGUCAUACCAAUCAAGACAUUGUUGCCUAACAGUAUAAAUAGGCUCUUUAAAUGAAGUGUUUCAUUUUUUAAUUUGCUUGAAUGAUUUGAAGGAUGUAUUGCAGCUGAGGUACAGGAGGUGUUCAAGGGUUUAUGACAGUACGCUUCAUGCUUUUCCUCCUUCAUUCUUUAAACAUCAGGUCAGCAGUGAAACCAAAGAGGGUAAAAAGAGAAGGCCAUACAAGUAUUGUAAAUACUGACUUUUUCGUUUUUGUACUUUUGUUGAAAAUAAAGUGUACAUUUUGAAGAAAACAAACU